AGGACGAGCUGGACCAGACGCUGGAGGAGUUCAAGGCGCAGUUCGGUGACAAACCCAGCGAGGGCCGGCCGCGGCGCACCGACCUGACGGUGCUGGUGGCCCACAACGACGACCCCACCGACCAGAUGUUCGUCUUCUUCCCGGAGGAGCCCAAGGUUGGAAUAAAGACGAUCAAGAUGUACUGCCAGAGGAUGCAGGAGGAGAACAUCACCAGGGCGCUGAUCGUGGUGCAGCAGGGCAUGACCCCGUCGGCGAAGCAGUCCCUGGUAGACAUGGCUCCCAAGUACAUCCUGGAGCAGUUCCUGCAGCAAGAGCUUCUGAUCAACAUCACAGAACACGAGCUGGUCCCAGAGCACGUCGUCAUGACGAAGGAAGAAGUAACCGAGCUGCUGGCCAGAUAUAAGCUGAGAGAGAACCAGCUCCCGAGGAUACAGGCCGGGGAUCCUGUGGCCCGGUACUUCGGAAUAAAGCGUGGUCAGGUAGUGAAGAUCAUACGACCGAGCGAGACCGCGGGCCGCUACAUCACCUACAGGCUGGUGCAGUGAUCGGGAGCUGUCGG